GACGCAAACCGGAAGCUUCCCCCCGGUUCUGCGUCAACCCCUGCCACAGCGAUCCUCUCUAGGGGGUGUCGCAAAAGUGUCGCCCAGCCCCAAGUCCGUUCUGCUCCUCACUGGUUUCGGGUCGUCUCCUCUGCUGGGUCGGCAACUGCGGGUCUAGGGAAAAUGGAGGGCGUUGGGCUCUGGGAGGCGAACCGGACUGGAGCCGGGAACGGGUCUUCGCCUAGUGCUCAAGAACUUGCCACGUGGUGGCAUCAGCAAGUUGAUUUUCAUUCUGCUUUCUUAUACUAUUUGGCACAAACUGUACCAGACAUUUACUUUGAUGAAAUAGAACCAGAACUGGAAAAACAGGAGGAAGCUGCUCAGAUGAUGAUAUUAACUCCACUGGAAUGGUACCUAUUUAAAGAAGAUCCAGUUCUUUCUUUAGAGAAAUUGAAACAAAGUGGAGCAUUUCAACUUUGUGGGAAGGUUUUCAAAAGUGGGGAGACGACAUACUCUUGUAGGGAUUGUGCAAUUGAUCCAACAUGUGUCCUCUGCAUGAACUGUUUCCAGAACAGUGCUCACAAAAAUCAUCGCUAUAAGAUGCAUACUUCUACUGGAGGAGGAUUUUGUGACUGUGGAGACACAGAGGCAUGGAAAACUGGCCCAUUUUGUUCAAUUCAUGAACCUAGAACAACAAGGUCUAAUAAUGAGAAUUUAGGUUGUCCAUUAACUGAAGAGGUAAUUGGGCAAGCCAAGAAGAUAUUUCCUUCAGUGAUAAAAUACAUUGUAGACUUGACUGUUUGGGAAGAGGAAAAAGACCUGCCAACUGAACUCCAGCUUGGGGAAAAAACUGAAAGAUACUACUGUGUCCUUUUCAAUGAUGAACACCAUUCUUACGAUCAUGUUAUAUAUAGUCUACAGAAAGCCCUUAAAUGUGAACUUACAGAAGCUCAAGUACAUACAACUGCCAUAGACAAAGAGGGUCGUCGAGCUGUUAAACUGGGGUCUGGUGUUCAUUGUCGGGAAGCAAAGGAAAAUAUCAAGUUUCAUUCAGAAAAUGUUUCUCAGCAUCCACUUCAUGUGGAAGUUCUACAUGCUGAUGUUAUGGCUCAUCAGAAAUUUGCUUUGCGCCUUGGCACCUGGUUAAACAAGCUUAUGAGCUAUUCAAGUGAUUUUCGACAAAUCUUCUGUCAGGCCUGCCUCCAAGAAGAUGUCACUGGUGAUCCCUGCCAUAUAAGCAGGUUAAUGCUUUGGGAUGCAAAGCUUUAUAAAGGUGCACGUAAGAUACUUCAUGAAUUGAUCUUCAGCAGUUUUUUCAUGGAAAUAGAAUAUAAAAAACUCUUCGCCAUGGAAUUUGUGAAGUUUUAUAAACCACUGCAGAAAGACUACAUCAGUGAUGAUCAUGAUAGAAGUCUCUCUGUGACUGCAUUAUCAGUUCAGAUGUUUACUGUUCCUACUCUGGCUCGUCAUCUCAUUGAAGAGCAGAAUGUUAUCUCUGUCAUUACUGAAACACUCCUAGAAGUUUUACCAGAAUACUUGGACAAGAACAACAAAUUCAACUUCCAGGGUUACAGCCAAGACAAAUUGGGAAGGGUAUAUGCAGUUAUAUGUGACCUCAAGUAUGUCCUUAUCAGUAAGCCCAUAACAUGGACUGAGAAAUUAAAAAUGCAAUUUCUUGAAGGUUUUCGAUCUUUCUUGAAGAUUCUUGCAUGCAUGCAGGGAAUGGAAGAGAUCAAAAGACAAGUAGGGCAGCACAUUGAAGUGGAGCCAGACUGGGAGGCUGCUAUUGCAAUUCAGAUGCAAUUAAAAAACAUUCUUUUAAUGUUCCAAGAAUGGUGUGCUUCUGAUGAAGAUCUCUUAUUAGUGGCUUAUAAAGACUGUUAUGAAGCUGUGAUGAAAUGUACUACAAGUAACAUUUCUAAUGAAAAGUCUGUAAUUUACUUAUAUGGCCACACUUUGGAAUGUAAGCCCUACAGAGUAUCUAUAGAUCCUGUCAGCAUUCACUUGCCACUCUCCAGGACACUUGCUGGUCUUCAUGUACGUUUAAGCAAAAUUGGAGCCUUUUCAAGACUACAUGAAUUUGUGCCUUCAGAAGAUUUUCAAGUGGAGUUGCUGGUGGAAUAUCCCUUGCGUUGUCUAGUUUUGGUGGCACAAGUUGGGGCUGAUAUGUGGCGAAGAAAUGGCCUUUCUUUGAUUAGCCAGGUAUUUUAUUAUCAGGAUGUUAAAUGCAGAGAGGAAAUGUAUGACAAAGAUAUCAUCAUGCUUCAGAUUGGUGCAUCUUUGAUGGAUCCCAAUAGUUUCUUGUUAUUGAUACUUCAGAGGUAUGAACUUGUUGAUGCUUUGAGGAAACUUGUUCCCACCAAGGACCAGGAUUUGCUUAAACAAUAUAAUGCACUAAUUGAAGAAAUGCUUCAGCUCCUCAUCUACAUUGUGGGAGAACGUUAUGUGCCUGGAGUGGGUAAUGUAAGCAAAGAAGAGGUUAUCAUGAGAGAAAUUAUCCACUUACUUUGCAUUGAGCCCAUGCCUCAUAGUAUCAUUGCCAAAUCUUUACCCGAGAAUGAAAACAACGAAACUGGCUUAGAGAAAGUCAUACACAAAGUGGCCAUAUUUAAGAAACCAGGUGUAUCAGGCCAUGGAGUUUAUGAGCUGAGGGAGGAAUGCAUGAAAGAAUUUAAUAUGUUCUUUUAUCACUACUCCAAAACACAACACAGCAAGGCUGAACAUAUGCAAAAGAAAAGGAAAAAGCAAGAAAACAAGGAUGAAGCACUACCACCACCACCACCUCCUGAAUUCAGCCCUGCUUUCAGCAAGGUGGUUAAUAUUCUCAACUGUGAUAUCAUGAUUUACAUUCUCACAACAAUACUGCGUAGGGCAGUGGAACUGGAUAGUCACUUAUGGACUGAAGCAAUGGUUCAAAUGGUAUUUCAUCUUCUUGCUCUGGGUCUGCUUGAAGAGAAGCAACAACUCCAAAGAGCUCCUGAAGAAGAAGUGACUUUUGACUUUUACUAUAAGGCUUCACGAUUGGCAAGUUCAUCUGGGAAUGUUCAGAAUAUACAAACACUUUUGGAAAAGUUGAAAGGAAUUCCCCAAUUGGAGGCUCAAAAGGACAUGAUAGCUUGGAUAUUGCAGAUGUUUGACACAGUGAAACGAUUGAGGGAAAAAUGUAGCAUAACAGUAGCAACUGUAUUGGGAUCAGAACUAAUCAAAAGUGAUGAGAGUAUGCAGGAUAAAGAAAAGGCUGAACGAAAGAGAAAGGCAGAAGCUGCUAGGCUACAUCGCCAGAAAAUCAUGGCCCAGAUGUCAGCCUUACAGAGGAAUUUCAUUGAAACUCACAAACUCUUGUAUGAGAAUACACUAGAUCUACAAGGAAAAGAAAAUUCUGUUGUGGAAGAAGAGAGUAUACCUAUGGCCAUUGACUCCUCUAGAAUUGCAUUGGGACCUAAACGUGGUCCUUCUGUUGGUGAAAAAGAAAUGCUGACUUGUAUUUUAUGUCAAGAGGAGCAGGAAGUGAGAUUAGAAAAUGCUGCCAUGGUUUUAUCAGCCUGUGUUCAGAAAUCCAGUGCUUUAACUCAGCAGAGGGAAAAACCUCUGGAACUUUCAGGGGAAACUCCAGAUCCACUCUUCAUGGAUCCUAACCUGGCAUGUGGAACCCACACUGGCAGCUGUGGUCAUGUCAUGCAUGCAGUCUGCUGGCAGAAGUACUUUGAAGCUAUACAAAUUAAUUCUCGUCAGCGCCUUCAUGUUGAGUUUUUUGAUUUGGAGAAUGGAGAGUAUCUUUGUCCUCUUUGCAAAUCACUCUGCAAUACUGUGAUCCCCAUUGUUCCUUUACAAAUACAAAAGAUAAACAGUGAGAAUGCAGAAGCUGUUGCUCAACUUUUGUCCUUGGCACGGUGGAUAGAAACUGUUAUAGCUCGAAUAUCAGGAUACAGUGUGAAAAAUGCUAAAGGAGAGAAGUCAAAAGUUUCCAUCUUGGUCAAUCAAGGAAUGGGUGAUACUACUUUGGAAUUCCAUUCUAUACUGAAUUUUGGGAUUCAGCCUUCAGUCAAAUUCUCUAGCAGCAUAAAAGAGAUGUUGGUUCUCUUUGCCACAACUAUUUAUAGAGUUGUACUGAAGGUGCCUCCUGAUGAAACUGAUCCUCGGAUUCCUGCAAUGACCUGGGGCACCUGUGCUUUCACCAUCCAGUCUAUUGAAAACCUGCUGGAAGAUGAAGGCAAACCUCUUUUUGGAGCCCUUCAGAAUAGACAGCACAGUGGCCUGAAAGCAUUAGUACAAUUUGCUGUGGCACAGAGAAUUACCUCUCCUCAGAGCCUGAUACAGAAGCAUCUAGUCCGUCUCCUGUCAGUUAUUCUUCCUAACCUGAAAUCUGAUGAUACACCAUGCCUUCUUUCUGUAGAUCUGUUUCAUGUUUUGGUGGGUGCUGUUUCAUCCUUCCCAUCUUUGUAUUGGGAUGAUGCUGUUGCCUUGCAACCUUCUUCAGUUAGCUCUUCCUACAACCACCUUUAUCUCUUCCAUUUGAUCACGAUGGCUCAUAUAUUCCAAAUACUUAUCACCAUAGAGACAGACCAUCUACCUACCCAAUUACAAGAAGAUAGUGAGGAGGCUCGCUCUGCAUCUUCUCUCUACUCAGAAAUUUCUCAAUAUGUUGGUGGAUGCAUCAACUGUGAUGUUCCUGGUUCCUAUUUAUGGGAUUGUGUGAAGAAAGGCAUUAUUCCUUACCUUCGAUGUUCUGCUUUGUUUUUCCAUUAUUUGCUGAGAGUGCCACCGCCUGAAGAAUUACUUUCAGUUUGUGAGGAAAGUCAAUUCAAUGCACUAUGCAGUUAUUUAUCCUUACCCACUAAUCUGUUCGUGCUUUUCCAAGAAUAUCGGGAUACUGUAAUCCCCUUACUCCAGAGGUGGUGUUCUGAUCCUGUCUUACCAAGCCUUUUGAAAGGAAGAGAUGCUGCAGUCAGGUACCCAAGAAAAAGAAAUAAAUUGAUAGAACUUCCAGAAGACUACAGCUAUCUUCUAAACCAGGCUUCUCAAUUCAGGUGCCCAAGGUCCUCAGAUGAUGAACGAAAGCACCCAGUUCUGUGUCUCUUCUGUGGAACUAUGUUGUGCUCACAGAAUAUUUGCUGCCAAGAAAUUGUGAAUGGGGAGGAGGUUGGAGCCUGCAUUUUUCAUGCCAUUCACUGUGGAGCUGGAGUCUGCAUGUUUCUAAAGAUCAGGGAAUGCAAAGUGGUCCUGAUUGAAGGCAGAGCCAGAGGCUGCUUGUUUCCAGCCCCUUACCUGGAUGAAUAUGGAGAAACAGACCCUGGGCUCAAGAGGGGCAACCCCCUACAUUUAUCUCAUGAGCGUUAUCAGAAACUCCAUUUACUCUGGCAGCAACAUCGUAUUAUAGAAGAAAUCGCAAGGAGUCAGGAAACAAAUCAGAUCUUAUUUGGAUUCAACUGGCAGUUACUUUGAGUCCCAGUUCUUCAAAAGAGACACAGAUGAAGGCAAUAAUGAAGACUGGUCUAGAAUUUUGGACAUGUUUAGGAGAACUGAGAUGGGGUGGGGGGAGGGGGUGGCAAAGGGAUCAUUCCUCAGUUCCUGAUUCACAUCUUUCAAUAAAAUAUCCCUUGAUGGAUUUUUGCUUUCAAUCAGCAAGCUUGACGCCUCAAGAUAAAGCAUAUACAUAUCUAUAUAUCAAGCAGUUUCUGUUGUAGAACACUGAAGAAAAUAACUUAUCUGCCCCACAAUUGUUAAGAUUCUGCUAAUAUUUUAAGGAAAUCAUUUUCCCUGUUAGAGCCUAUCCCUCUUUAAUAAUCAUGCCAGAAAUAGGAGGGUAUUUCAUAGUUCUCACUGUAUAUUUGGUGGCAUUUCUUGGCAAAAAUGCCAUCCAAGAAGUUGUGGGAUGUGUUUGUUUUUAAGUCUGUGUGACAUCAGCCAUCAGACUAGAGCUGCUAUUUCUUCUCAUUACAACUCUUCCUGGUCUUUUGUCCUUGCUUGGUUUUAAUCAACUAGACCAGCAUUUAUAAUGAAAUGGCAAAAGAAAAGCAGCAGGGACAAAAUGAUGCUUGAGCAUAAUACCCUCAUUUCCAACCAGAAAAAGCAUAUUAGAGCACAAGAAUGUUAUUAGAAUGGAAGAAAAAUUCCAAAGAGUAAAAUUUCCAUUCCUCUUCUGGGAAUAUGCCCCAGACAUGCUAUUUGCUGCUGCUUCCAGAAGUUAAACUGACUCCUUGCGUAGUCAGUGUUGCCUUCACUAUUACAAAUUUUUCUUAGAGCUUUGUUUUUUUUUCCUUCUUGUAAAACCCUGAGGGUUAGAAUUGUGUAGUCUCCCUGAUGUUACAGUGAGUCUUGUAAUCAAUAUCAUGGACCCAUGAUAAAAAACAAAAACAAAAGGCCCUGCACUUACCAUUUUCUAGGGCCUCGAUUCUAACACAAGAUCACAUCCUUUGUCCUGGGGCCAUCAUGUGUAACUGACAGAAAUAUGUUCAGAUACUGGUGUUUAGUAGCCAUAGGACCAUAAUGAAUAAUUUCCUGAAGAGCAUGACAAAUAUUGAUUUGAAUGACCAGAUUCAGGCCAAUUCUGUUAUAGUUUAUAUCUUCCCAGAAGACUUUAAAUCUUUGAUUCAUCAUAUAUGUGCAACCUUUCAUAAACUCCAGUUUUAUGACAGAUACAGAUAACCCAAAAAAAAGCCAUGUGAUCAACAGUCUGUUUCUGUGUCUUGCUAUAACAUGCAGUAAUUGAGCCUCCUUGCUUAUAAAUAAUAGUGCUUUUUAGAAUCUGCCUAUAGCUUUCUAGGUUCUUAGCCAUAAUUUUUAUAUGAAGGGAAUUUGUUAUGCAAAGCUUUAAGGAAAGGAUUAAUUGAAGCCCUCCAUUAGCUUCCAUGACUCCUAUGCCUUGGAGUCUGAAAGAUCCAUUCAGAGAAUGUAUUUUGACCUUGAUGAGGACUGUCUUCCAUUUAUGUAUAAUGGUUUCUUCUCCCAUUACUUCUUUAUAAAAAUAAGUUAAAAGUUUGUAUGCCGGAUGUUUGCAGAUACACAUUUGUAUUUAGUUUUGUGUUUUGUUUUCUUUUGUGGAGGGAAAAGGAAGAAAAACCUGUCAGAGGUAUCAGGAUAAUCAUGAUUAUUAUACUUGAAUAAUUCUAUAGCUUUGUUUCUAAGCACUUAAAAGGCAUUCAGAAGACAACUCAGCAGUAGGAAACGUAUUGAAUUAUGGAGAGUUGGAUGAGUUUGAAAUGUUCAGUGCUCAGUUUGAUAAAUUCACUGAUAUGGUGAAAAGACACAGAUUUCUCCCUUCUAGAGUUCAGCAGGUUGCACUAAAUAUUUAGCUAGGAGAUGUGGCAGGGUGUUGGACAAUAGCAGCCAGCUUUUGCCCUCUGCCUUGAUUCAUAAGCCCCUAUAUAAAUAACUUUAUAAAGCAAAAGGCAGAUUCUUCAGAAGAAUUUCUUCCUGCUUGACUAGUCUUUUCCAUUCAGUUCACAGAUCCUGAUGUUAAGCCAUCGGGCUGCCAGAUGUACUUCCUGGCAGUGGCUAGUAAAAUCUUGACUGCCAAAGAAUCCAUCCCAAGAGAUGGACACAUAAGAGACCUACUCACAACUUAGUGUUGGCACUUGUGUGCACGGGCUCACUGUUCAGUGUUGCUAUCAAAUGAAAGUUUCUAUGUAUGUUAGAAACCUUCUAGCAGUUUGCACAUAAAUAGUGCAGAUACAGAAAUGGUGCAUUCAAAAGUCAUGAACACACAAGGUCACUUUUUUUCCCAUUGAACCAGGAACCUUUUCAUGAAGAUGCUCCUAAAGCAUGUUUUUCUUAUGUCUGGGGAAAUGGGGCAAAAGGACUUUGCAGGAGGAAAAACAUGUUUCUGUAUAGUUAAUUUAUUAUUCUAAUAUAUGAGCUACAAGGUCAUCCACUAUUGGUCAUUUAUCAUUUCAUAACCUACUAUGCAUUUUGGUUCACUGUGAGGAUAAUCUAUGGUGAUUGUAACAUGUUCAUGCCUAAUUCAAAUUCCAUUCAGACAAACAAAAGUUCAGAAGUUAUUCAAAAUGAUGCAUAUAUUGAUAUCUUUUAUUGCAAAAUGUAAAUUUAAGACUUGUAAUAUGUUCUUGUGCUUUUUGAAAUAAAUAUUAUAUGUGUAUAUUUAAAAAGGAAAUAAAAGUGACUUAUACUCUU